GGCGGUAUCGCAGCAACAAUCUCGCAUGUGGACUUCUUUUCGGUGCCCUCACAACGACUCGCCUUUCAAAUAGCUGCAAAUUGUGCAUCGUUUGUAACGGUGAAUGACUUUGCACAAGUUCGAGAUUCGUUAGCUGAUCUCACGCAGCGUUUACUCAUUGAGGACAAACGUUGUUUGGAAUCAGUGAGUGUGUUGUUCUGUCGAUUGGUGGACAACGUUCGAGGACAUGCGGACAAGUUGCGUGAAAUCGCCGGUCAAAAUCAUGCUUUACUGAAGAAUGUG